UGAUGGGCACAUAACCGCCGGUAAAGUGCGCAUAGAAGGGAGUAGAAGUGCAGGGAGUCAGGGCAGGGGACGAGGAGGUCUACUUCAGUUAGAUGUGUGAGGGGAAGGAAUCCCAAAAGUGUGUUAAGAUGAGCAGAAGCAAGGUGUUUGUAUCUUCUGUCACUGGCUAAGCAGAAUCGUCGUUGCUGUUGAUGAUGUAAGUACAGCGACUUUUCGUGUCUUCGAUUUGUGCAGCAACUUCAGGUGAGCUCCCUGGACUACCUGGGUAUUGCAUCUUUGCACCUGUCAUCAAGCAACAUGGAGGAAACGCAAUCUUUGAUGAGAGCCAGAAGGUUUUUCACGCAAAGACGGGAACAUGCAUCCUGCAGCCGCAUACAGGCCCGCUAUGUUCUGGCCCUCAUGUCCUUCUUGGGCUUCUUCAAUGCCUACUGUCUGCGUGGAAACCUCAGUGUUGCUCUUGUUGCCAUGGUGACCAAUCCGUCUUCGGACAAUGUCAACGCCAGUGACGAAUGUCCGGGUGCGGAAAUAACCGCCAAUGUAACGAGGCUUGGGGGUGAGUUCGACUGGGACCAAAACUCUCAGAGCCUGAUACUGGGAGCCUUCUACUACGGCUACAUCCUGACUCAGGUGCCUGGCGGCUGGCUGGCGGAGAAGAUGGGAGGGAAACUGCUCUUCGGGGCUGGUAUUCUCUGCACCUCCAUCCUGACCCUCUUCACGCCAUUGGCUGCUCGUGCUGGGGUGCCUUACCUUGUGGCCGUGCGCGUGCUGGAGGGGGUGGGAGAGGGUGUGACCUAUCCGACAAUGCAUGCCAUGUGGGGGGACUGGUCUCCAGUCUACGAGCGCAGCAUGCUGGCCACCUUCAGUUCGUCGGGAGCCCAGCUAGGUACUGUGUUUGUUAUGCCCAUCUCUGGAUUACUGUGCGAGCAUGGCUUCGCUGGUGGAUGGCCUUCCGUCUUUUACGUCUUCGGUGCGUUUGGUUGCGUGUGGUUUCUGUUUUGGCUGCUGCUCGUAUACGACACACCUGCAAGACAUCCGCGCAUCACGAUGGAAGAGAGAAAGUACAUAGAAAGUUCCAUUGGUGGCAAAAGGAAGAAAAUUCCGACCCCAUGGAAGCGAAUCGUUACUUCACCUGAGGUCUGGGGAAUAAUGACAGCCCACUUCGCCAACAACUGGGGUCUGUAUGGCAUGCUCACCUGUCUGCCCAUCUACUUAAAGACUGUUCUCCACUUCAACAUUCAAGAAAACGGUCUUCUAUCCUCUCUGCCUCACCUCGUGAUGCUGGUGACACAAAUUUUCAUCAGUUAUGUCGCAGACUGCAUUCGCAGCAGGAGAUACCUGUCAACAGUUGUUUCACGGAAACUAAUGAACACUUUAGGUCAGGUGCUCCCGGCAUGCCUCAUGCUGGCGGCUGGCUUCAGUGGGUGUGACGCGGCCAUAGCUGUCGCGCUGCUGACGCUGUCCUUAGGGUUCAGUGGCUUCGCUAUGGCUGGCUUCAACGUCAACCACCUGGACAUUGCUCCUAGGUUUGCAGGAACGCUCUUAGGUAUCACAAACAUGGUGGGCACCAUUCCUGGAUUUGUGGGACCAACAGUUCUGGGUGUUUUGACCAACGAAAACCAAACAUUCGUACAGUGGCGAGUCUUCUUCUACCUGACGGCAGCUUUGUACCUGGCGGGAGCCGCGCUCUUCUGCAUCCUGGCCAAAGGGGAGGAGCUAUCCUGGGCACGCUCUCCUCAAUCCGUUGCUUCCAUCGCCACACAGUCACUGGAAGUGACGUCACUAUCCCAGCAAGCUUCAGUCCUAGUUUGAGUAUCUGAGUAUGAUAGUGAUGCUGAGUCUUUGAUGAGUGUUAACUAGCUUGGGCAAUGAGUAUAAAGGAACGUGUCUUCGUUGUAGCUUCUAAACAAAUAAGAAAAGAUCCGCCAACUUGAUUCUUGUCCGUUACAUAUACACGUAUAUUUGAUUUAAUAAUAUUUUAUUUACUCAAAUGCACUGAAUAAAUACAAACAGCACUGCGAUUCCAGUAUGUCUACUGUUUGUUUUACGCCAGGUGAUUGCAACUCAUUAUCAUGCACCAUCUGUAUUUUCGCAAUAUGAAUUAGAGUGAAUAAAACAUGGAAUAGAA